GGGGAGAGGAGAGCAGACGUCAGCACUGACCCGUCUCCCUCCCGGUCCCGGCUCCCGCAAGGCCGCAACCGCAUCUCUCCCGUCUUCUCGACUCUCCCUACUUUCUAACCACCACCACCGCCACCGCCGUCCCCAAUCCCCAAACCCUAGCCCCGCCCUGCCCUCGCCGCCGGCGGCCAUGGCCGAGACCGUCGACGACAAGGUCAGCUACUUCCAGGCCGUCACCGGCAUCUCCGACCCGGACCUCUGCACGGAGAUCCUCGCCGCGCACAACUGGGACCUGCAGGUCGCCGUGUCCUCCAUCACCGCCAACCCCUCCUCCCCCUCCGCCUCGGCCUCCACGUCCUCGCGCGAGCAGGGCCCGUCCGCCCCGCUGGUGGAUGCGGAGUUCGUCGCGCCCCCGCCGCCGAUGCCGCCGGCGCCCCAGCAGCUGCAGCAGCAGCAGCCGGGGAUCGCGUGGAAGCUGGUGACGCUCCCCUUCUACGUGGUCUCGGGAGGGGUCGGCCUCGUCGCCGGCACCUUCCGCCUCGGCGCCUGGGUCGCCGGGGGCGUGCUGUCGCGCUCCCUCUCCCUCCUCGGCCUCGCGGGGCAGGGCGGCGGCGACCGCCUGCUUGAGCUGCCGCCGUCCGCCGCCGAGGCGGCUGAAUUCGUCGCGGAGUUCGAGCGCGAGUUCGGCGCCGGCCGCGGCCCGCGCUUCGUGGCCGAGGGGUUCGCCGACGCGCUGCAGCGAGCGCAGCGGGAGUUCAAGCUCCUGUUCGUGUAUCUCCACUCUCCUGAUCACCCGGAUACCCCCGCCUUCUGCGGGGGCUGCCUCUGCUCCGAGCCCGUCGCGGCCUUCAUAGAUGAGAACUUCGUUGCCUGGGGCGGUAGCAUAAGAAGGACCGAAGGGUUCAAGAUGAGUAACAGCCUGAACGCGUCGAGGUUCCCCUUUUGUGCUGUGGUCAUGGCUUCUACGAACCAGAGAAUCAUGCUAUUGCAGCAGGUUGAAGGGCCUAAAUCGCCUGAAGAGAUGAUAACAAUUCUUCAACGGGUUGUUGAAGAAUGUGCUACAUCACUCGUUGCUGCCAGGAUUGAAGCUGAAGAGAGACUAAAUAACCAGCGUUUACGUGAAGAGCAAGAUGCUGCUUACAGAGCUGCACUUGAAGCUGACCAGGCCAGGGAACGUGAAAGGCUAGAGGAACUGGAAAGACGUGAAAGAGAGGCGGCAGAAGCUGAGAGAAAACGUAAAGAGGAAGAGGAAGCUCUAGCGAGGGCUGCCCAAGAAGCAGCUGAAAAGGAAGCUGCUCUUGCAAGGAGAAGGCAAGAGAAAGCCAUGGCUCUUGGAGCUGAACCUGAUAAAGGGCCUGGCAUUACUCGGGUUCUCAUAAGAUUUCCGACUGGAGAACGCAAAGAGAGGAGAUUCCACAGCUCUGCCCCCAUCUCUUCGCUCUAUGACUAUGUUGAUUCUUUGGAUUGCUUGAAAGCAGAGAUGUACAGCCUAGUUUCGAAUUUCCCACGGGUCACAUACGGUCCAGAGAAGCACUCCCUGACCCUGGAGGAAGCAGGCUUGCAUCCACAGGCGAGCCUGUUUAUCGAGAUAGAACAAUGAUGUUGUAAGUUCAGAAAACCAAAACUCGCAAGUAUAGGUGCUCCUUUUUCGAAUUUGUUCAGCAACAGUUAAAGGAUUUCCAGAUGUAUUACACCACAGGUGCAUGCUGCUUUUGUACUCGGUUCAUUCAAUAAAUUCACCUUCACCAUG